AUGGGCUGUGGAGGCAGUAAAGAAAUAAAGGGUGAGCAGCCAACCCCAAGCACUGGAACUAAAGAAGCACAACCUUCAUCUGCGAAGCCUGUAUCUAAUGGAUCUGUACAACCGAUAGCAAACGGAAAUGCUGAAAUCACCGAGGGUGAGGAGGAAGAGACGGGAUCGGACUGUUUGUUCAUUUCUACAGAUCCUGGCAAAGAAACACUUAAAAUAGACGAUGAACCACAAGAAUAUAACCACAUUAAACCCUCUAACGAGACACCGGAAAAUAACAUUAAAAAGGCUACGAAUGUUAAAUUCUUUGAGGACUGGUUCCCAGUAUAUCCAACGGAAACGGACACUGAUUCCAGACCGAGAACGGUAACACAUAUAGAACUCAACAUCCCCUCGUCACGCAAAAAACUCACAGUAGCCGACAUCGACAAGAGGGCCCGAGAGACUCCUAGAGACCAAAUCUCCAGUUUCAAGAGCCUAAAGGACUACUUGUUACGAGAUCUGGAAGGUCAAACUGACCGUGAGCGACUAGCAGUUCGGGCAAUUAUCGUCUGGCUCAGUGUACAAGAUGAGACGAAGUUCAGUUCCUUACCAGGGAAUGAGGAAUCACCAGAGGGAUUUCUCUCUCUACUAGCUAAAAAACAAACUUUGUUCUCCACUUUUUUUACGGUUCUCUGUAGAAAAUUUGGUCUGACGUGCGUCAAAGUUCCAGGAGUAUCUAAAGCGGGAGAUUAUCAGCCAGGUGAUGUAAUUAAAAAAGAAGUCAGUGCAGAUAACUGGGCAGCAGUUUAUUUUGAGAACACCUGGAAUAUCGUGCACCCAUUCUGGGUCUGCAGAGGACUUUUUGGUCAUAAACCUGGCGGAUGGAUAAAACUAGAAGCGGGUGGUCAAGCUGUUGGCAAAUCAGAGGAAGCUUCAGCAGGUGUAUUGAGGAGUGCGUUCAAAGAGUACUAUAUAUUUCCAAAUCCAAUGGAAUUUAUUCACUCCUGUCAUCCAGAUGAUCCAAAAUGGCAGAUUUCAAAUAAGAAAAUUAGUCGAAAAAUUUUCGAAAAGAUGCCUUAUUUGUUACCUACCUUUUUUGGAAUGGGAUUGAAGUUAUUAUCGACUGAGAGCUGUUUGUUAAAUACAGUCGAUGGUGUGUGUCUCAUCCAAAUUCAAGCCCCACUUAAAAAUGCAAAUGAAAUUGAUCUGUGGUAUGAACUGUACCUUAAAGAAGGAACUGGACAAACUGAGGAAGAAAAACGCAUGUUGCAACGGGAAAAUAUUCCUAAAUUGGUGGCAAUGAUUAGAUGUGGUGACUUGUGGCAAUUCAAGUUAUCACUGCCGAUAAAGGGAACAUUCAAAAUUUGCUGCUAUGGAGGUCCGUAUAAAUCAAAAUUGGCAAGAAUAGCUGAAUUUAGAAUCGACUGCAAACAACACAAGAAGGACUGUAAUAUAUUACCUUUUGAUCCUGGUCGUAUUGGCUUUGGCCCCGGACCAGCUGCUGCAGAAGCUGGAUUUUUCGUUCCAUCCCACGCUGGAGGAUUGGUUCCUGUUAAAGUCAACACGAAAAUAGAAAUAACAUUCAUUGUGGAAAGAAUAGUGAUCGAACGUACCACAAUUCGAGCGACACUUUACAGUACGAAAAUUGAUCAGACGGUGCUUGAAAAUCUUGUCAGUGUUCAUACUAGUGAAGAAUCGAACACUGUUCAUUUUGAAGCCCAGGUGCCAGAGGAUGGGGAAUACGCUUUAUCAAUCAAAAAAGUCGAACAAGGACAAACAAAAGCAACUAUGACGACAUCCCAAGGGAAAAAAGAGACACAGUCCCAGUUUCAAGAGAAGACAACCACCGUCUGCAACUACUUGUUGUCCACAUUGGUGAAAACGAAAGAGAAAGCGAAUCAGAGAAAUGCGAGAAAUGAACUACAAACCACAGUGGCUAUGGCUCCGACGUCUGGAGAGGGGUUAAAACAUGGCAUUGAAAAUAUAGAGAACGGUAUUAAGCGUUGUAUGAAGCAGGAUAUUCCGCCUACAGACGACCAGAUAGUGGCGGCAAAAUCUAAACUGGAGCUGUUUAAAUUAAAGAAUGAGGUUCGAAAUGCGCACUUGCGUCGUAAUAUACAUGUGACGAGGAAGACCAUUGAGAAGUUAAAGACCUCCACAUACAAACGGAUCUGUGAAAAGGAAAUUAUAGACCUUGAGGAGUUCGAAAAAGAGCUAGAAAAAUUAAACAGAUUUCCUCAGGAACCUCCAACAUUACACUGGGCUAUUGGGGAACUUGCAAAUUCUCCUGUUGUGACGGAAGAGAUCGUUAACACAGUGAGGGCAUUUCUCCUACUUCUAGGGGAACCAGUCGAAGCAUUAAAGACCUGGAACAAAAUUCUUGAUGUCAUACGUCCACCAGCGGAGAAUCUGCCACUCAUUAGCCUCACGGCACGUAUCAAAGAAAAGGAGGGUUCAAAUGAGUCACUGGACAAUGCCAGAUUAAGUGACGUCCAGGAGUGUUUGAGGAAGUAUACCAUUGAUCAAGUCAGAAAUAUUAACGUUGGUGCUGCGGUUAUAUAUGAAUGGGUAAGAAUAAGUGUGCAGUUUGAAGACCUUCCUACAUCUUCAAGCAUAAGAAAUGUCUGA